UGUGCUAUAGUCACCAGGAAAGCUAUGAGGACAAAAAGUGAAAAACUGCAGGCACGUAUAACAUGCCCCAGUGGAAUUCCCAGAUAGACGGGGGAGAGAAUACUGCAGUGAAUACGAUCACGACUUGGAGAAACACUUUUUUGUUAUGCGUUGCUAAAAUCAUGGUGAAAUGUUGCUCGGCCAUUGGAUGUGCUUCUCGAUGUCUGCCAAAUUCCAAGUUAAAAGGACUGACAUUUCAUGUAUUCCCUACAGAUGAAAACAUCAAAAGAAAGUGGGUCUUAGCAAUGAAAAGACUUGAUGUGAAUGCUGCAGACAUUUGGGAGCCCAAGAAAGGAGAUGUGUUGUGUUCUAGGCACUUUAAAAAAACAGAUUUUGACAGAAGUACUCCAAAUAUUAAACUGAAACCAGGAGUCAUCCCUUCUGUCUUUGAUUCCCCAUAUCACCUUCAGGAGAAAAGAGAAAAGCUUCAUUGUAGAAAAAACUUCAUUCUCAAACCCCUUCCAGUCACAAACCACAAUUACCAGCUUGUUGGUGCCUCAUGUAUUGAAGAAUUCCAAUCCCAGUUCAUUUUUAAUGUAGUAUAUGGGGCUGGGGAGGUAGCUCGGUGGUUAAAGCCCUUGUCCUACAAGUAUGAAGACUGGAAUUCAGAUGCCCAGAACCCACAUACAUGCAGGUAGGUAUGGCAGCCUCCUAUACUUCAGCCUUGAAAGGCAGAUCCCCAGAGCAAGCUGGCUAGCAAGGUCAGCCAUAUUGGAAAGGUCUGAAUUUGAGAGACCUUACCUCAGUGAAUAAGGUAGAAUAAUGGUGCAGGAUGAUUCCCAACAUACAUAACCUUGGGCCUCCACGUGUACACACAAAUAUAUAUGCACAUCUCUACACACAUGGAAAGAGAAAAAGAAGUGUAUUGUUUGGUUUCUAAAUAUUACAGAAUUUUGUGGAUAUUUAAUUAAAUUCUAUUGUGGUCAGCAAAUGUACAGUGUAUAGCUUAAAUCCUAUUGUUUUAUUGUUUUUUCAUUUUUAUUGAAUUUUUGUGCAUUCAUACAUCUUAAUCAUAUUUAGACCAGUUUCCCUAUCUGUAUCCCUCUAUAACCCCUGCCCACCA